AUGGAUAUUAAGCUAUGUUACAUGAUUUCCUUACUGGUACAUAAUCAGUCUGGGUUCUUGGUGAAAAUCAUAAGGAAACAUUAUGAUUAUGAAAAGAAAAAUCCUUUCUGGUUUGCUUUAGCUUUUCCAGCAUUCGCCGCCCCUUCAAUAGCCUUUUGCGCGGAUCCUGCACCUGCGCUUCCAGACCUCAACGAGAUUCCAGUAGGCCUUUCUCCUGCGGAAAUAGCCCAAUUGCAUCGGGAGAAUGGAGGCAGAAAGUAUUGUCGAUGUUUACUUCCUGACGUCUUUAACUACCUUCCUGAUAAUGUAACCGAUGUCAUUCUGAUGCAUUUGCCUUGUAAAGAUGCUGUGAGAACAAGUAUCUUAUCAAAAAAAUGGAGGUAUCACUGGUGUAGACUUACAGAGUUGAGGCUUGAUGAAUCUCUUUGGAAAACAAAAAAGGAUUUACUGAACCCUACAGUUAAAUUUACAAAGACUAUCUACCAGCUUUUGACACUUCAUGAAGGACCCAUUACUAAGUUUACCCUUGAUGUUGUUCAUCUUGAAAGUUGUCCUGGGAUCAACAACUUCAUAUGUUUCCUCUCGAGGAAUGACAUUCAACAUCUUGUACUUCACCUUCCACAUAGCAAUAUAUACAAAUUGCCUUCUGCACUUUUCACAUGUUCGCAGCUAAGGCAUCUAAAUCUUCAUAAUUGCUCAAUACAUCAUCCACCAGCCUUUCAAGGAUUCGAUAAGUUAAUUAGCCUGGAACUAUGCGAAGUCACAAUUUCUUCUGAAUUGCUGGAAAGUUUAAUAUCUCAUUGCCCGUUGCUUGAGCAGUUGGUGCUGGAUAUCGCAGAUAAUUCAGACACAAUUGAAAUUAAUGCCCCCAUGUUGAGUUUAUUCAAUUUCUCAGGAAAUAUAAGUUCUAUAUGCCUAAAGAAUAAUGUCCCUUGUCUGGUAAAAGCAUCUCUGGACUGUGACUAUAUUAAGGCAGAGGAUCUUGAUUUUGCAAAGGUUUUCGAGUCUUGUUCUUCUCUCGAGCACCUCGUCUUUAAAUUCUAUAAUUCCAGGUUCUUUGCUGAAGAAGGAUUUGAAGGACCAACAAGGCUUCCCUUUGAUCUUAACAGUGUCAAGCGAUUUUACCUGCCUGAUAUUAUGCUGAUUGAAUCAUCAUAUGAGCUCUCAUAUGCUCUUUGCUUGAUAAGAAGCUUCCCAUAUUUAGAGUAUCUCGAAAUUAAGGUUUACUGUGAAGAUGAAGAGGAUGAUUGUGUUCUAGAAUGCUUUAAACUCGAACAGUUCUCAGAUAAACUUCUUGACACAAGAUUGAAAAUAUUAGCCAAGGUCUCAAGUUUUUCGCGGGCAUCACCUAAAGCAGAAGUAGUCUACAUAGAUUUUUAAGCAGAUUAAUUUUUGGCUUAGAAGUUGAAAUUGAAAUGAGAGAAACAACGGUUGAUGUAUAACAGUAUGUUUUGUUUGGGAACAUGAGCAUUGUUAGAUGGAUGUUUUGAUUAGUUUGUUCUGUAAUAUUGUCACUACAUGUUUUAAGGAUUUUUACAUUUACUGCUUGCGCAUGAAUGAGUUAUUGAAUAUGUAUUACACAUGAA